CAACGCUAAUCUGCAAUUAUCAACAAUAACCUACACUGUAGGGCUGUUGUAAGCUAUCCCCUUUCAACACCAGCCCCCUCUCCCGCUUUGAAUAGCGUCGAUAACAACGGAGUUGUUUCAAAUUUUGCCUCCUGCUCAGCUCUACCUGAAGCGUACAUUAUUCGGCGUCAAAGCUUUCCUACACACCUCAUACCGAAAUACGAGGACAAUAACUAGGGACUGAAUGCAUAAUUAUAGGUUUAAACGAUGGGGGGGGGCACAUUUUUCACCCGGAAUUACAAGGAACGGCGAGCUUCCACUUUCGAGGGGCGGGAAGCGAAGCUGCCGCCCAUUCACAGUCAUCAUCCCAGUCAUUGUUUCUUAUCGGGGGUCUUCCGCUUUUGUCCUGCAGGUGAACGAAAACGUGGCGUCAAGGGGAACCAGGAAUAUUCGGCCUCAGGCAGUCGUCUUUUUUGCUUUCCUUUUUUUUUUCCCGAGUACGCGUUCACCGUCUCGCUGUUGCCCUUAAGAAACAAGGAGCGAAGCACUUCCUGUUCAGCUGUUUUUGCCACCAAGAAACAUGGUUGAGGGAGUACUUCUGGUUGCUUACAGGGUUUGAUAAAUGAUCCCCGAAGUUAAUUGGAUGGAUGCCAGAGAUAAACAGGUUCUGCGCUCGUUGCGCUUGGAGCUGUGUUCAGAACUGUUGGUAGAGGGCCUUGUCAUUCAGUAUCUUUACCAAGAAGGCAUUUUAACUGAAAAUGAUAUGCAAGAAAUAAGGUCCCAAGUCACCAACCACAGGAAGACCAUGACGCUUCUCGACAUCCUACCUGCAAGAGGGCCCAAGGCUUUUGAGACCUUUCUAGAAUCUUUGCAAGAGUUCCCAUGGGUGAGAGACAAACUUGAGGCAAAACGUAAUGAAGCUGUGCUAAUGGUAUCUGAAGAUAAUGGGAUUCCUGGAAUUUCAAAACAAGCUUUGGAGAAUCCACCAACGGAUCAACAAAUUAACAAACUUGCUAGGAAUCUUGGAGCUGAAUGGGAGUACAUUGUAUUGUGUCUGGGCUUGACACAAAAUGACAUCUAUCGUUGUAAAGCCAAUCACCCCUACAAUAUACAGUCACAGAUUGUGAGUGCAUUCAUUUCAUGGAGGCAGCAUUUUGGAAAAGAAGCUACUCUGGAGAGUCUGUGUUCUACUUUGAAGCAGGUAGAGGUUGCUUCCUCUGUGAUCCAACAGAUGUUUGAGUGAGAACUGACUAUCAUUGGAAGACCUUGACAUCUCUGUGAAAUUACAUCUAUUAGAUGCAGACGUUCUUUCAUACAGAUCACAGCUGUUCCAUGUGCAGUUGCCAUAGCUGACUGACCAUCUUUCUCCAUACUACACUAGGUAGACUCAUGGAGGAUAGACACACAGACCACAGCCAAGGCCUUACUUGAAGCCUCAUCAGCCUGGUAGAAUCUUACAAAGCUUAAGCUCAGCUGGCUCCUUGCCAUGGUAAACUAGUGUAGGACUUUAGAAAGAAAUGUAUUGCUAUGGUAGUAAAUCUGUGUCCUGAUGACUACCCAUUUAGUUUAUUUAGUCUGUCCAGAGACACUCGAGAUUGAAGAACUGUGCCUGCAUAAAGGUCUGUCUAGUCUGUUAUGCUGUGCACAUCAGUGGACAACCUUCAUUGAGUUGUCUAAUCUUUGUUUAACUCAAACUAAGACUCCUGCUUGGACAUAAGCUUAUGGUACUGCCACCUUUGAAACAGAACAUAUUCCAAAGCACUUUUUAAACAGCAUAAGACCUUGUUCUGGGGCAAAGGGAGAUAAGAGCAAAAAAAAAUCUUUCUCUGUGUGUGCAGACUUUCACCUGUGCUCAGCUCUUGGUAAGGUUUCACUAUGGGGAGAAAGAGCCUCCUGCUUUUGAGUUGCAUCUAAGAGACAAGGGAGCAUCUUACUUUUAGGAAAUGCAAAAGGAGGCAUUUUGAAUUGUCAUAGCAUUACAUGAUCCCAACCCUGGAAGGGGCAUGUGGUUCCCAGAUAUUGCUGAGCUGCAGUUCCCAUCUGCCAUAGUCAACUGUGAAGGUCUGUUGACACUUGGAUGCCAACAUAUUCCCCAUUUCUUUCUUUGUUAAUUUUAUAUGCUGCCUUUCUUCCAAUGAUCUCAUAGUUCUCCUUUUUCUACUUUGUCCACAAAGCACCCUUCUGGAAGAGAGUAUGUUCCCAAACCAAGGCCACCAUGUUAAAUUUCAUAUGCAAGUAGGAAUUUGCACCCUGUUCUCCAGAAUCUUAGUACAAUAGAAAGGCAGCGUGAACAUUAAACAAAUAUUUUAGCCACUAUCCCAUGUCUUUUAUGCCAAACAAUUGGUAGCUGUGCUAUUGCAUAGUGCUGAGACCAGCUAUCUUCUGACUCAGUUGCUCCCAGUUAACAAGAUCAUGGAAGUUCUUGUCCCGUUUAGUCUAUGCACAAUACUGUAGUUCCCUCUCCUUCCUGUCCAUAGCAGUAGCCAUUUGUGGUUGAUUUCCAGUUUUCAGAAGGAAGUGGCAAGUUUUGUAAGAACCCUAAAUAAGCAUUAACAUAUAUUUUAAGACUAUAGCAUUAUUUAUUUCCUGUUACCUGUGAGUUUUCUUACAAAUAGAGAACAAUAUAAUAUAUAGGUACCAGACAUUAUGUCAGUAUUAGAGUUGGUGUUUCAGCACUUCUCUAAACUGCAAACAGCCAGUUAAGAAACAUAUUCAUCAUUUUUGGGAAAUGUAACAGUCAAUUUUUAAAAACGUGCCUGCUGGGAAUUCUUGCCAUUAUGAAGGAUAACAAACAGUGAGAAAUAAACUUAGAAGUGAUAAUAUA